CUUACCCCGCCACGUCCUGGCCUUUGCAUUAAACCCUAAAUACGAAAUCUGACCAUCAACUAGUAGCUGACUCCCUCUCCUCCACCUCAUCAUCAUCACCACCCAUCCUUCUCACCUCCUUAAGAUUCAAUCCGCGAUCCAACCCAUUCCAAAUUCAAGACAGCCACUAGAAUGAAGAUCCUCACCCACCUCAACAACCUUCUAGUCACCUUCCACCUCCGCCGCUCCAAGAUCUGGGAACCCCGGACCCUCCUCGACUGGUUCCUGUCUUCACCCCUGCAAUAUCUCGCCUCGCUCGUAUACCGACACAUCCUCCUCCCGGCUCGCGGUACACCCUUCUAUCCCGCGCGCGGCAAGCGGCCGAUACGGGUGGUCUGCAUCUCGGAUACGCAUAACCAGACGCUGAGCGCGGAGAACAUCCCGGAGGGGGAUGUCCUCAUCCACUGUGGCGAUCUAACCGUCGAUGGGACAGUGGCGGAGAUUGAGAGACAGGUUGGGUGGUUGAGGGGGCAGUCUCAUCGGUACAAGAUCGUUGUGGGCGGGAAUCAUGACUCAUGGCUGGAUGAGAGCGACGAGGUCAGGGGCAGGAUGAAGGAGAAAGGGAUCGAAACUGGGGAGAGGGAGGUGGACUGGAGUGGGGUGGAGUAUCUCUGUGACCGCGCCCUAGAGCUGGAGUUUGAGGGCGGGCGGAAGCUGAACGUGUACGGCUGGGGCGCGGUACCGUGGUGUGGGAAGGGUUUCGCGCUGCAGUAUCCGCGGGAGAAGCACCCGUGGAAAGGGAGGAUACCGGAUGAGACGGAUAUCCUGAUUACGCAUACGCCGCCGCACCACCACCUCGAUCUUGGGAUAGGCUGCGCAGGUCUCCUCGAGGAGGUCUGGCGGGUCAAGCCGAAGCUGCACGUCUUUGGCCACGUGCAUUUCGGCCACGGAAAGGAGGCCGUCUACUACGACCACUGCCAGCAAGCGUAUGAGUCGCUCAUGUCGCGGCCCGGGAAGGGGCCCCUGUACGACUUGAUCCCAAGCGCCCGGUGGGUGGAUGCGCUCAACAUGGUCUGGUACGGUCUUGGGAGCAUCCUCUGGAAGUGGCUCAUGCUUGGACCGGGGACCAAUAACGGCGCUUUGAUGGCCAACGCGGCACUCAUGUACGGAGACAGCGGGAAGCUGCUCAAUCCGGUGACGGUUGUGGAUUUGUAACAGUGGGUGUCGCGGACAUCCCGCAAGACAUAGAGCCCACGUGCUAAAAAAAUUCCCCGGGAAAAACUUGUAUUAACUAGUUAUAUAUUAUUGUUCCUACA